UGACAAAAGUUCACACCCUCUUUCUUCCUUUACUUUGCUAGCCGGCCAAUCGACGAGUUAGCUUGACUGGCUAUUAAAAGUCGUGGUAUAAUCAUUGCUAUGAAUUGUUUGAGUGCUGUCAUCUAGCUAACGCACACAGGAAACUGAACAAGAUGAAUAUACGAAACGCCAGGCCCGAGGACCUUAUGAAUAUGCAGCACUGUAACCUCUUGUGUCUGCCAGAAAACUACCAAAUGAAAUACUACUUUUACCAUGGAUUGUCCUGGCCCCAGUUAUCGUACAUCGCUGAGGAUGAGAAUGGCAAAAUAGUGGGUUACGUGCUGGCAAAAAUGGAGGAAGACCCAGAUGAUGUGCCUCAUGGACACAUCACAUCCCUGGCGGUAAAGCGCUCCCAUCGACGUCUGGGUCUGGCUCAGAAACUGAUGGACCAGGCCAGCCGCGCCAUGAUUGAGAACUUCAAUGCCAAAUAUGUCUCGCUUCAUGUGCGUAAAAGUAACCGAGCAGCCCUCCAUCUCUACUCAAACACACUCAAGUUCCAGAUCAGUGAAGUAGAACCUAAGUACUACGCAGACGGGGAGGAUGCCUAUGCCAUGAAAAGGGACCUGGCCAACAUGGCAGAUGAGCUAAGAAAGCCUGGCUCCCGCGUGCCGGGUCAGGAGGCGCCUUCCGGUUCCGGUGACCCGGAGAGAGAAAAUGAACGAGACAGCGGCGGAGACAGCAAAGAAUUGAGCGAAGUCAGCGAGGCCACCGAGAGCACUGACGUCAAAGAUUCCUCCUCUGAUUCGCAAUGACGCUUGUAGGCUUUUUUGUUUUUAAUGAAGAGUGAAAAACCUAAACAGCCUUUUUAUCCCCCCUCCACAACAUGACAAUAUUCUCUCAAUCAUAAUGCGAUGAAGAACACUGGAUGCGCCAGUUUUCAUUUGUUUGCUGUACACUUUGGUCUGCCCUUUGAACACACUGACGCUAAUACAUGUGUUAAAAUAGUAGUUUGAUCCCACUACUAGCGCAAUAAUUAUAAUAAACAUAUUGGGAAUUGAAGACCUCGUA